AUGACUCUGACUCAAGCUGAGAAGGCCGCCGUGAUCACCAUCUGGUCGAAGGUGGCUACCCAAGCUGACGCCAUCGGGGCAGAAUCACUGGAGAGGCUUUUCUCCAGCUACCCCCAGACAAAAACCUACUUCCCUCAUUUCGAUCUCAGCCAAGGUUCUGUUCAGCUUCGUGGUCAUGGCUCCAAGGUCAUGAACGCCAUUGGGGAAGCUGUGAAGCACAUUGAUGACAUUAGAGGCGCUUUGGCCAAACUCAGCGAGCUACAUGCUUACAUCCUACGGGUGGACCCAGUGAACUUCAAGCUGCUUUCCCACUGUAUCCUGUGUUCUGUGGCUGCCCGCUAUCCCACUGAGUUCACCCCAGAAGUUCAUGCUGCGUGGGACAAGUUCCUGUCCAGCGUUUCCUCUGUUCUGACUGAGAAGUACAGAUAA